AUGAUUUCACCACGCAUUGGAACCAUGAACCGGAAACGGGGUGAUGUGCUGAUACAUGACUCCCGACCUGAACAGCCCCGCUGCUUCUCGUCCUUUGGCUCAGGGCUACAGAGCAGAGCAAGAAGGGCACCUGAAAUGCGUGGACGGUAUUCUCAAGGCCUUGCUCUUCCCCAGCUAUGUUGUCGUCCUGCGCGUCUUGCCAGAAGCCUGCCUUCGUCGAACCGGUUUCCUCAGACUUUCUGCGAGAUCCUAUACGGAACAACAUGUUGUGGUUUCUCUUGCUGGCCUGCGAAAGAUGAUGACCCCGAGGAAGCCACCUUCCUCGACGAUAUAUCAGAUCAUCAAAUGAUAUCCUGGCCGAUAACCAAGGUUAUUUCCCAGCCGCCGUCUCGACUAUGUUGA